GAUGUGAUGAAAGAUGUGAUGGCUGGCCUACAGCAGACCAACAGUGAGAAGAUUCUGCUGAGCUGGGUUCGUCAGAACACGCGCCAGUAUCCCCAGGUCAAUGUGGUUAACUUCUCCAGUAGCUGGAAUGAUGGACUUGCCUUCAAUGCGCUCAUUCACAGCCACAGGCCUGAACUGUUUGAUUGGAGCACAGUGGAAAAGAAGACGUCGGCCAUUGACAGGCUGGAACACGCCUUCAGCAAGGCUGAGCAACACCUGGGGAUAGAGAGACUGCUGGACCCUGAAGAUGUGGCAGUACCUCACCCGGACAAGAAGAGUGUCAUCAUGUACGUGACGUCACUCUUCCAGGUGCUUCCCCAAAGCAUUUCCAUGGAAGCCAUCCAGGAAGUGGAGACAUUGCCCCGGGCGAUCUCCGGCUCCAUCACUCGGGUGACGACAGAGGAGCACUACAAGAUCCAGACCCAGCAACGCUAUUCACAGCAGAUCACGGUGAGUGUGGCUCAGGGGCGCGUGCGGAGCCCCUCGCCCUCCCCUCAGCCUCGCUAUAAAAGCUAUGCCUACACCCAGGCUGCAUAUGUCAAGUCGCCUGAGCAAAAGAGGAGGCGUUUUACUGAUCAGUUUUUGAGUCCCAGCCACGAGGAGCUGCAGCGUGGCCUGAGCCCUCUGCUUCCUGGCUCUACCAGCCUGGAGAGCUACCAAGCCAGCCUGGAGGAGGUGUUGGCGUGGCUGCUGUCGGCGGAGGACGGGCUGCAGGCCCAGCCUCCCAUCUCCAGCCAGGUGGAGGAGGUUAAGGAACAGUUCCACACACAUGAGGGCUACAUGGUGGAGUUGACCUCUCACCAGGGGAGUGUGGGGCGUGUCCUAAGGGCUGGCUCUGCCCUUUUGUCGGAGGGGAACCUGAGUGAGGAGGAGGAGUCCGAAGUGAGGGAGCAGAUGAACCUGCUCAACUCCCGAUGGGAGCACCUGAGAGUGGCAAGCAUGGAGAGACAGAGCAGACUUCAUGAGGUCUUGAUGGACUUGCAGCACCAGCAGCUGAAGCAGCUCACCGAUUGGUUGGAUGUGACAGAGGGGCGGAUCAAGAGGAUGGGGGCUCAACCACUGGGUCCUGACCUGGAAGAUGUCAAGCACCAAGUUGAGGAACACAAGCUCUUGCAGGAGGACCUGGAGUUGGAGCAAGUGAGGGUAAACUCUUUGACCCACAUGGUAGUUGUGGUGGACGAAAACAGCGGAGACAGCGCCACUGCCGCCCUGGAGAGCAAACUGCAGGUGCUAGGUGACCGCUGGGCAGCUAUCUGUAAAUGGACAGAAGAGCGCUGGUUGCUGCUUCAGGAGAUACUUCUGAAGUGGCAGCACUUCACCAAUGAACAGUGUUUGUUUGACUCCUGGCUAACUCAGAAGGAGGAGCUGGUUCGCUCCAUCAAGACCCCCAACCUGAAGGACCAGGCAGAGACGGUGGCCUGCCUUCGCCGACUCGCUACUAUGAAGGGGGAACUGGAGGUGAAGCGUCCAACCAUGGAUAAGCUCUGCUCCAUGAGUCAGGACCUGCUGUCCAGUGUCAAGAACAAAGAGGUGGCCAGCAAACUGGAAGCCAGACUGGACAGCUUUGCCCAGCGCUGGGACCGACUGGUACAGAGCCUAGAAAUGAGCAGCUCCCAGCUGUCAUCGGCUGUUAGUGUGGUCCAACAGUCAGAGCUGACCAGCACCGUCACGGCCACCAUAACCAAGGUGACAACGCGGGAGAAGGUGACCGCCAUGCGCCAGACCCGAGAAUCGCCACCACCACAGAAGAAAAGACAAGCUGUUGUGGAUUCUGAACUCAGGAAAAGGUUUGACGUGGACUUCACGGAGGUCCACAGUUACAUGACUCGCGGCGAGGCAAUUCUGCAGAGCCCCGAGUGCUCCGUGUCACGCAAGGAGGGUAGUGUUCAAGACCUGCAUGACAAAGUCCUGGCAAUAGAAAGAGAGAGACCCGAGAAGUACCGGAAGCUUCAGGAGGCGACACGCACGGCACAGACCCUAUUUGAGCAGGAGAGACAACAGAGAGGUGAGACGUUUGCUCUGGCUUUCCCUCAUGACGUGCUGCCGCCUUCGGGGAACCUUGUAGAUAUGAGAGCUGGGGCUCGUGAGCUGAUGCAUCCAAGGAUGGAGAGAACCGUCAUUGUGGUGUGGGAGGAGGGGGCCUCUAAGGUGGGCAGUUGUGGAGAGGCCCGGGCCCCUGCUGCGGUGGAGCUUGUGGUCAGGAGCUGGUGGACGGAGUCACGGGGGAUGGAGGAGGUGGCUCGUCUGGCCUCCCUGCAGCCUCAGGUGGACCUCCUGCAAGAGCGUCUAAGAGAGCUUAAGGAGGAGAAAGAGGCAGAUGGGGACUCCUUCCUGGAUGCGGACAUCAUCGCUUUCAAAGAGCACUACCAACAGGUCCUGGAGGAGCUGCGGGCAAGGGAGAGGCAGCUGCAGCUGGUUCUGGAGAGCUUACCUCCAGCUCGCUAUAAGGAAACCAUAUCGACGUUGUUGGCAUGGUUACAGCAGUGUGAGGCCAAACUGGCCAUCCCAUCCACAGCCGUCACAGAGUAUCCUAUAAUGGAGCAAAGACUGAAGGACGUCCAGGCCCUGCAGGUAGCUCUGGCUGACCACCAGGGGGAGGUGGACUACCUGACGUCGGCGGUAGAGCAAGUCUUCCAGAAAGCUCCGACAGACAUUAGCCAGAGGUACUGUACAGAGAUGGACGCCAUCAUGGCGCGUUGGAGACGUUUGGGGACCACGCUGACGGAGAACGCCCAAAAAAUCCAAGAGCUCAUGUCCAAGUUAAUGCAGUUUGAGAAUGAUGUGAAAACAUUGAAGAAGUGGAUGGCAGACGUGGAUGUCUUUCUGAAUGAGGAGUGGCCGGCUUUGGGGGACUCUGAGGCCCUGGAGAAACAGCUCGAACAAUGCACGGCCCUGGUGAACGACAUCCACACUAUCCAGCCGAGUCUGAAUGGCAUAAACGAAGUGGGCGUGUCCCUGAAGAAAGAGGCGGAGCCCCCGUUCGCUGUGCACAUCCAGAAGGAACUGGACGAACUCAACGCCCAGUGGGAGAAUGUAUGCAAGCAGGCGUAUGCUAAGAAGUCGGCCCUUAAGGGAGGUCUGGACAAAACCAUGGCUCUGAGGAAGGAGAUGCAGGAAAUGCAGGAGUGGAUCAACCAGGCUGAGGAAGACUACCUGGAGAGAGACUUCACAUACAAAACCCCUGAAGAGCUACGCAAAGCCGUGGAGGAGCUCAAGAGGGCCCAGGAAGAGGUCCACUCCAAAGAACUGAAGGUCAAACUUCUGACUGACAGCGUCAACAGUUUUAUCGCCAAGGCGCCUCCCACAGCCCACGAUGCUCUGCGCUCAGAGCUGGAUGUGCUCACCGCCAACUACCAGCGCCUCUGUAGCCGCCUGGAUGGAAAGUGCAAAACUUUGGAGGAAGUGUGGGCGUGCUGGUGCGAGCUGCUGUCCUACCUGGAGCAGGAGAACGCCUUCCUAGACCAGCUGGAGCAGAAAUUGGACGAGACGGACAAUCUCCAGGGAGGGGCGGAGGAGCUACAGGAGGCGCUGGAUGGUCUGGAAAUCCUCUUACGUCAUCCAGAGGACAACAGGAACCAGAUCCGAGAGCUGGCCCAGACUCUGAUGGAUGGCGGUGUUCUGGAUGAACUUAUUCAACAAAAGCUAGAUGCUUUUAACACACGAUGGGAUGAGCUCAUGGCGAGGAAGAUGCUGACGGACGUAUGGACAAAAUUCCGACUGUUCCAGAAGCCGGCCAACUUUGAUGCGCGGCUGGCCGAGUGCGAGCGCGUGCUGGCCGGGGUCAAAGGGCAGCUGGGGGUGCUGGACAUCCGCAGCGUGGAGCAGGACGUGGUGCAGUCUCAGCUGGAGCAAUGCAUGAAGUUGUACAAGAUGCUGAGUGAAGUCAAAGGGGAGGUGGAGACCGUAAUUAAAACAGGCAGACAGAUUGUCCAGAAACAGCAGACCGAGCAGCCCAAGGAGCUGGAUGACCGGCUGACUGCCCUUAAGCUCCUCUACAAUCAGCUGGGAGCGCAGGUAACAGAGAGUAAGCUGGAGCUGGAGAAGAGUCUGAAGUUAUCCAGGAAACUUCGUAAAGAGCUCAACGGGCUAACAGAGUGGCUGGCUGCCACAGAUGCAGAACUGACCAAGCGCUCUGCCGUGGAUGGCAUGCCCAGUGACCUGGAGGCUGAGGUAGCCUGGGCCCAGUCCAUCCACGCGGAGACAGGCAAGCGUCAGCCACAGCUGCAGGCGGUGGUGGAACUGGCCGAGGCCCUCAAAGCCGUGCUGAGGGGCCACGGGGGCCUGGUGGACGACAAAGUCAGCCUGCUGCACUGCAACUGGAUUGCAGUCACAUCGAGGGCGGAGGAGUGGCUCAACCUGCUACUGGACUACCAGCGACAGAUGCAGAAGUUGGAUGGAGAGAUGGAGGAAGUGAAUGGAUGGAUAGAUGGAGCAGAGAAGAAGAUGGAUGAGAUUGACAGUCAGGGGCCCAAUGAAGCCUUGCUCAAGACUCUGCGUGCCGAGUUGGACCUGACGGGGUCUAAGGUGGAGGAGGUACGGGCACUGGCCCAGGAGCUGAUGUGCACCCGGGGGGAGAACUGUCAGGCCCAGGUGGGCCCUAAAGUGGAGCAGUUCAACCAGCGCUAUGACGCUAUCGCACAGCGCAUCACCUCUGGGCAGACAGCAGCAUCUGCUAAGGAGUUGGAGCAGUACCACAGUGAGGCGCAGAUCUGGUUGGAGCUCCUAGAGGAGGAGGUGAAACAGGGAGAGAACCUGAAGGAAGAGGACUUUCAAGAGAACAAGGACUGUGAGGAGGGCGCCGUGAAGGAGUUAUUAUUGAGAGGUGAGAAUCUUCAAAAGCGAGCACCGGACCAGGACAAAAGAGAGCAGAUCAAGCUCAAACACAACCAGCUUAAUAGCAAGUACAACACUGUGAAGGACCUGCGUGUGCUGAGGAACAGGAAGGCCCUGGCCAUUGCUCCCCAGUGGUACCAGUAUAGAAGGAAAUCCCACGACCUGCUAGCCUGGCUAGAUGACAUUCAGCGCAGUGUAGACCAACUUCCUGACCCCCCCGAGGAGGAGAGGGUCAAGGAAAUUGGCUCAGAGUUCGACAAGAAGAAGGAGGAGCUUAAGGAGGUGCAGGGCUUAGCCAAUCAGCUCUCAGAAGCUGGAGCCGCCAGUCUAGUGGAGCCCCGCCAACUCCAGCUCAACACACGCUGGGUUGAGGUGGAGGGCAAGUUCAUACCCUUCAAAAGACAAUGUGAGUAUCUGACAGAGCUGCAGAUGUUGCUGCGUUUGGUGUCGGAGGCAGACUUCAAGCUGAACUCCCCUGAAUACUGGCCAGCCGUUUACUACAACCUGCCUCAGCAGGAAGACUGCAUUAAGGAGGUGAAAGGGAGCAUUGAGAAGAUGCAGGGCCCAGUGGAAGGGGCUUUGGCCAAGAGAGAGGAGGUGGUGUCUGUGGCCCGGCCUCUGGAGGGCCAGAAGAUCCAGGAAACCGCUAUGCUCCUCAAUACCAACUGGGACAAACUGAACAAUCUCUACAAAAACAGACUGAAACGCUGGGAGGAGUCCAACUCCAAGUGGCAGAAGUUUGUUUCGGACCGGAAGGCUCUGGAGGACUGGCUGGGAGAGGCCGAGAGCGCUCUGAAACUAUCUGAAACUGACCCAGCACCACACAGGCAGCACCUCAGGGGUUUGAUGGAGGCCAUCCCGUGUCAGGAGGUUGUUCUUGACAGGGUAAAUACAACAGGGGAAGAUAUCGCCCAGCUAAGUGCACCAGACGAUGCCGCACAGCUCCGAACACAAGUCAAACUGCUCAACACACGCUGGUACAGCAUCUGCCAGCAGCUCAAAGAGCGCAAAAGGAGGUCUUCAGAGGCACGUUCAGCUGCAGCAGAGUUUCAGGAGGACAUGGGAUCCCUCCUUUGUUGGUUGGGCCAGGCCGAGGGUGUAUUGGCCAUUCCACUGCAGCCUGCAGAACCACAACACAUCAAGGACACUCUGGAGAAAGUCCAGGCACGUGUGGAGGAGCUUCCUGGUAAGAAGAGGACAGUUGAGGAUCUGAAUUUGAGACACAAACAGCUGACACUCCCUGCCGAUAAACAGAAAGACAUCAAGGUUGUCAACACUCGCUGGGCUCAGGUUUCCAAGAACCUCCCUGAGCGUCAGCUGGAGAUCGAGGGCUUGUUACGUGAGCUGGAGAAGCUGAAGGACCAGCUGGACGGCCUGUCAGCUUGGGCCUCCAGAACCAGAGACAAACUGGAGCAAAGCCCGGUGGAGGUGGAGCCCAAGCUCAUCGAGGAAGUGCAAGUCAAACAGCCAGAGGUGGAGUCAGCUUUGGAGCGAGCCAACCAGCUUUACAAAGACAAUCAUCCAAACCAGCCAGAGAAGGUGAAAUAUGGCAAGCUAAAGGAGGACUGGACCGUGAUCCUGGAGCUGCUGAGGCAGCACAAGGAGAGAAUGGCUGCUCCUCUGGUGGCCAAGAAAGCCAGUGAGUCUUUGACAGGAAGUUCCCAGCCAGAAUCUGCGGCACUAGCCCAGUUCAACAAGUCCUGGGCUGAGCUCACCGACUGGCUGACUAUGCUGGAUAACAUGGUGCAAAACAAGCGAGUGGUGGUGGCCGACCUGGAUGACAUCAACGACAACAUCAGCAAGCUCAAGUCUUCGUUGCAGGAGUUGGAUCAGCGUCGUCCCCAGCUGGAGAGGCAAAUCACUGCAGCUCAGAACCUGAAGAACAAGACCAGCAACCAAGACACCCGUAACGCCAUCACAGAGCGCAUCGACAGGCUUCAGGCCCACUGGGAAGAUUCCCAGACCAAACUCUCAGACAGGACAAAGCAGCUUCACAACAUGGUGCAGGACUCCACCGACUGGUUGGAGGCCAAGAAGCGGGUGGAGCCCCUUAUCAAACGGGCCAGUGACAGACUGGAGUCCUGGCAGGAGAUCUCCUACACAGUAGACGCACUGAAGAAACAAAAUGCUGAACUAAAGGUGGGAUGUGCGGUGUCAGACAGGGAGACAGCAUUGGAAGCAGCCCUGAGGCUCCUUCAGCAGUUCUACCUGGACUUAGAGAAGUUCCUCAACUGGCUGUCAGAGGCCGAGACCACCUGUAAUGUCUUAAUUGACGCCACCAACAAGGAGAGGCUGCAGGAGCAGCCAGAGGCAGCCAGGAACCUGCUCACACAGUGGAAGGAUCUUCAGGCUGAGAUUGACAGCCACACUGAUCUAUAUCACUCCCUGGAUGAGAAUGGUCAAAGGAUCUUGGCUUCCCUGGGGGACUCCGAGGACGCAGCGCUGCUCGGCCGGCGUCUGGACAACAUGGGCCAACGCUGGAACGACCUGCGCAACAAGACUAUCAGCAUGAGGGCCCACCUGGAUUCAGAGAUGGCCCCGUGGAAGAGGCUCCAUAUGUCCCUUCAGGAGCUACUGAAUUGGCUCAGGGUCAAAGGUCAACAGCUGGAGAAGGAGCCACCCGUAGGGGGUGAUGUCCCCGCCGUGCAGACACAGCUGGACACACACAGGGGUUUCAGGAGGGAGCUUAGAGCGAAGGAGCCAGUGGUGAGCAGGGCAUUGGACGAUGUCAGAGUCUUUCUGUCUGAACUACCCAGAGACACACCAUCGCCUGAGCAAAGAGACAUCAGCCCAGAGGAGCGUGCCCAACACGUGGGGCGUGUCCUGCGCAAGGAAGCGGAUGACGUCACAUCGGGGUGGGAGCGGCUCAACGCCGACUCGGCUGAUUGGCAGAAAAAGCUGGAACUGGCUCUGGAUAGAUUGAUGGAGCUCCAGGAGGCGGAGGACCUGCUUGACGGACAGCUGAGGCAGGCGGAGAUGGUAAAGGAGGCGUGGGAGCCUGUGGGAGACCUGCUGAUUGAUUCGCUGCCCGAACAUAUCGACCGAGUCAAGGAGUUUCAGGAAGAGAUUGAACCGAUCCAAGAGGAUGUUACUCACAUGAAUCAACUGGCGUCCACGUUUGGCCCACCUGACAUACAGCUGUCUCCUAGCAAUCUGGAGCACAUCGAAGACCUCAACACGCGCUGGAGGCUGCUGCAGGUUACCGUGGAUACUGGGAAAAACAACUCGGGCAGAAACGGAGUGGGUGAGGUGGAUUCAAAGAUUUCCAUCAAAGACCAUCUGAAGCAACUGACAGACGCUCACAGGGAUUUUGGUCUUCUGCACAGAUCUGUAGAGAGUCCGUUUGAGCAAGGCAUCUCUCCUAACAAUGUGCCCUACUACAUCAAUCACCAGACCCAGACAACAUGCUGGGACCAUCCCAAAAUGGCCGAACUGUACCAGUCUUUGGCCGAUCUGAACAACGUUCGUUUCUCAGCUUACCGCACAGCCAUGAAGCUCAGACGCCUGCAGAAGGCUCUCUGUUUGGACCUGCUGGGCAUGCCGGUGGCACGCGAGGUGUUUGAGCAGCAUGGUCUGAAGCAGAACGAGCAGCUUUUGGACAUAUCCCAGCUGGUCACCUGCCUGACGAGCCUGUACCAGCGGCUGGAACAGACGCACACACAUCUGGUCAAUGUGCCGCUCUGCGUGGACAUGUGUCUCAACUGGCUUCUCAAUGUCUAUGACACUGGUCGCACCGGAAAGAUCCGGACACUAUCUUUCAAAACUGGAAUCAUCUCACUCUGCAAGGCACACCUGGAGGACAAAUACAGAUUCCUGUUCACGCAGGUGGCCAGCGCGACAGGCUUCUGUGACCAGCGGCGACUGGGCCUCCUGCUCCACGACUCCAUCCAGAUCCCCAGGCAACUGGGGGAGGUGGCCUCCUUUGGCGGCUCAAACAUCGAGCCCUCCGUCCGCAGCUGCUUCCAGUUUACCAACAACAAGCCACAGCUGGAAGCAGCCAUGUUCUUGGACUGGAUGCGUCUGGAGCCCCAGUCCAUGGUUUGGCUGCCCGUCCUGCACCGCGUCGCCGCCGCCGAGACCGCCAAGCACCAGGCCAAGUGUAACAUCUGCAAGGAGUGUCCGAUCAUUGGGUUCAGAUAUCGCAGUCUGAAACACUUCAACUAUGAUAUCUGCCAAAGCUGCUUCUUCUCCGGACGUGUUGCCAAGGGACACAAAAUGCAAUACCCCAUGGUUGAAUACUGCACACCAACCACAUCAGGAGAAGAUGUCAGGGACUUCGCCAAGGUGCUGAAGAAUAAGUUCAGGACCAAGCGCUACUUUGCCAAACAUCCUCGCAUGGGCUACCUGCCUGUCCAGAGCAUCCUGGAGGGAGACAACAUGGAGACUCCUGUCACUCUGAUCAACUUCUGGCCCGUAGACCAUGCGCCUGGGUCAUCCCCCCAGCUCUCACAUGACGACACGCACACUCGGAUCGAGCACUACGCCAGCCGGUUAGCGGAAAUGGAGAAUCGUAAUGGCUCUUAUCUGAAUGACAGUAUCUCACCCAAUGAGAGCAUCGAUGACGAGCACAUGCUGAUUCAGCACUACUGCCAGUCUCUGAACCAAGGCUCUCCCCUCAGCCAGCCCCGCAGUCCUGCCCAGAUCCUCAUCUCCAUGGAAACGGAGGAGAAAGGAGAGCUGGAGAGGGUCCUCAAUGACCUAGAGCAAGAGAACAGGAAGCUGCAGGCUGAGUAUGACCGUCUAAAGAAGGCCCACGACCGAAAGGGCCUGUCCCCACUGCCGUCGCCCCCAGAGAUGCUUCCCGUGUCGCCGCAGAGCCCCCGCGACGCAGAGCUCAUCGCCGAGGCCAAGUUGCUACGGCAGCACAAGGGGCGUCUGGAGGCUCGCAUGCAGAUCCUGGAGGACCACAACAAGCAACUGGAGUCCCAGCUUCACAGGCUGAGACAACUACUGGAACAAACGGACUCAAAGGUGAAUGGAACGGCCCUUUCAUCUCCCUCCACCUCCUCUCAGCGCUCUGACUCCUCCUUACCUUUGCUCCGCGUGGCUGCGAGCCAGACUACUGAUACAAUGGGAGACGAUGAGCUUUCCAGCCCUUCCCAGGAUGCGUCUGGUCUAGAGGAAGUGAUGGAACAGCUCAACAAUUCCUUCCCUCAUAGCCAGGGCCCCAGCGUUGGCAGUUUGUUCCACAUGGCUGAUGACCUGGGCCGCGCCAUGGAGUCGUUGGUCAGCGUGAUGACAGACGAGCAGUGCGCCGAAUAGCACGAGGCCCUGCCGUCCCGACCAUGCCCUCGAUACCCCCCCCUCCCGCUUUACCCCCUCCCUCCUCCCCCCUACGACUGUCCCCCACCAUCCUAUCGCAUGCUUUUAUAGUCAAACAACUGGAUUGGACACACGGUUUACAAAGAGAAUAUAUAACGUCUAUUUUUGUGAAGGAUUGCGGUUACAGCAAUGACAAAACUAAACAAAACAAAAAAUCUAUAUAUAACUUGUAGAUUUCAGUAGUUUCUUAAAAGGAAAAAAAAAAGAUCCUGAAGUUGUUUUAUUAAUAACGGAGGCUGGUUUUUAAACUUCUAUGCAAUUGUAUAAAAAAGAGGCCGAAAAAAAAAAGAAAGAAAAGAUUCAACUAAGUGUGUUCGACGUGAUCGUAUCUUUGCCAUCUCUUUUUAAUUGACAAAAAAAGAAAAAAAAAGGACAACACAUUUCAGACAUUUGUAUUGAAAAAGAAUGAUUGUAAUCAUAAGGGUGCUUUCUAAAAGGAAAACGUCUUUCUAUAACAGAGUAUAUUACUGUCAAGGCAAUGCAGGCAUCCUGGAUCUUUUCAGCGUGGGGUGUGCGUGUGUGUGUGUGUGUGUGCGUGUGUGUGUGUGUGUGUGUGUGUGUGUGUGGUGCGCAGCGGUGCCUAUUUUCCACCUAACAUGACAGCAUAUUGCUUUGGCUGACAAACCUCAUGUUAUCUAUUUAUCUGUUUGUCUGUCCAUUCAUCCACCCACCUAUCCAUCCAUCUGUUCUUCCAUCCGUCCGUCCGUCCGUCCAUCAUGUCCUCAACAUUGGUAAUAAUCCAGCUUUUUUUUUUUUUUUGGUUUUUAAUCUCGCGGUUGCUUUCGACACAAAGUGCCACAUGCUUCAGUGGAUGUUCAGGAAGGCCCCGUGCAGAACCGUCACUGCUGAAAGUCGGGCGGUCACGUCCGGUCACUGUCGUAGACACUGUGGACGGUCGACCCUGCCACGUGAGUGCUGGCAGAUGUCAUUUUAAUUAUCAUCACUAUAGUCGUCCUUAUCUUACCACCCACUUUGGCAACUGUCAUCAUUUUUGAGGUCCAGUUGUAGGAAAGUGUACUGUAAUUGGUACGUCACUGCCCUGAUAACACAGUACAGGAAGUCCACAGAGGCCAACAUGGCCGUUAUGGCCUGUCCAGAGUAGCGCAGCUGAAGCGCCCAGCCUCAGUAAUGAACUUGAUUUAGGUUAAAACUGCAGUUUAGCAGGAUGUCAUAGUGUGCGGUGAAUAGUUUAUUCUCCUUGUGUGUCGUCUCUGUGACAGCUUUGCGAGCUCCCACCGUGUCGCCGAGCAUCGAAAGUAUCCUUCCUACUUUCCCCCCUUUUCCUCCCCAAUUGUACUUGGUCAGUUACCCCGCUCUUCUGUCCGUCCCGGUCGCUGCUCCACCCCCCUCUGCCGAUCCGGGGAGGGCUGCAGACUUCCACGUGCCUCCUACAUGUGGAGUCGCCAGCCGCUCCUUUUCA